GGGUUUCCUGGGAGGAGGCAUGAGGGGAAAGGCGCCUGCGCGGGAGGCGGCUGCGGUGCAUGCUGGGCGCGCCCCCUUCUUCCCGCGGUGACGGUGCACAUCUCGGUCCGUCGGCUCGUCUGGGACGCUGCGGAGCCCGCCCGCUUGCCUGCCUGCCUGCCGCUGCCGGGAUGGUCGGCGUGAAGGUGAUCGCCAACGACGCGGAGUUCCAGAGCGAGCUGAGCGCGGCCUGCUCCCGCCUGGUGGUGGCCAAGUUCACGAUGAGGGGAUGCGGCCCAUGUUUAAGGAUAGCUCCUGCUUUCAACGCUCUGAGCAAUAAAUAUCCCCAGGCAACCUUUUUGGAAGUCGACGUACAUCAGUGCCAGGGAACAGCAGCAACGAAUAAUAUAUCAGCCACCCCGACAUUUCUUUUCUUCCGGAACAAAGUGCGAAUUGACCAGUAUCAAGGUGCUGAUGCAGUGGGACUAGAAGAGAAAAUCAAACAGCAUCUAGAGAACGACCCUGGAAACAACGAGGAUACUGAUAUUCCAAAAGGAUAUAUGGAUUUGAUGCCGUUCGUCAACAAAGCUGGCUGCGAAUGCCUUAAUGAAAGUGAUGAACACGGGUUUGAUAACUGUUUACGUAAAGACUCCUCUUUCUUGGAAUCAGACUGUGAUGAGCAGCUGCUUAUUACAGUAGCUUUUAACCAGCCUGUCAAGCUUUAUUCUAUGAAAUUUCACGGGCCUGAUAAUGGUCAAGGUCCCAAGUAUGUAAAAGUGUUUAUCAACCUCCCCCGAUCCAUGGAUUUUGAAGAAGCAGAAAGAAGCGAGCCCACUCAAGCUCUCGAACUAUCGGCAGACGAUAUUAAAGAAGACAGUAUUAUCCAGCUUCGCUAUGUGAAGUUUCAGAACGUUAACAGUGUAACUUUAUUUGUCCAGUCCAAUCAAGGAGAUGAGGAAACAACGAGAAUUGCAUAUUUCACGUUUAUCGGAACGCCGGUCCAAGCGACAAAUAUGAAUGAUUUUAAGCGGCAUUUCCCUGGCCCCAAGAGAUAACAUUGCAGAAGAUAUAGAUAUGUCUUUUUAAAAUGGUCUGUCCUUCCACUACCCUGUCCCAGUUCCCCCUGCUCUUCUAGCGUCUGCCUUGUCUUUCCCACAAUUUCACUGCUUCCGGUGCCAUCGCUGCCUACUCUUCUCCGCCUUCUGGGACUGCGUUCCUGGGCCUCUUCUUUUCUCACGGACUCGUCGCUUUUGUUUUCACCAUACCAUUUAAAAAUCUUUCUCAUACAGUGUUGCUUUUCAAAUGUCUUGUUGUGUUACCCGCCAGGCGGCUUGCAUCUCUAAUUUGGAUGCUUCGUAUCUUGAGAAGCCAAUUCAUACUUGUCUUUUUUUAAUGAUGUUUUCCAGGAAGUUAUCUUACAAUUUUAUUGUGUGUUGAGUAAUUGGGGGGACGGUGCUUUUGCAAGAUCACUUUGUGUUGGGAAGAUCUAAGGUUGCCGCAUUGGUCAGUUGAUCACCCAUGAAUCGAGGGAUACCAUGGAUCAGGGGGCAAAAUUUCUUGAUUUUGUGUAGUUGUCAUUUGUUAGCAAGAACAGGAGUGAGGGGCUGUGUACUCUUUAGCCCUGCAGUAGUCAGAGACAAUCCAGGUGACAUAGCAAAGCUGCCCCUGUCAGCCUCAUGCUAGAAUAUAUGUCGGAAGGCGGGGCCUGCUUCCUACUUGGCACAGUUUUCUUUAAAAAAAACCCAAACAAUAUUUUUUAAAAAACAGCUGCUAUUACCUUGCCUUGUUUCUGUAGUAGUUUCAUUUUAAAAAAUCCAAAAUGUAGGCUAGCCCUGAUAUUCCAGGUAGGUAGCCACAGAGAUGUUUAGUGCAGUCAGAGGUCAUUUCGUAGAAAAAGAGCUUGAGGAACUUAUUAGCAUAACUCAUUGGCAUAACUCAUCAGCAUAUGCCACACCCCUUGCCAUCACCAGAAGUGUGUCAGUAGCAUAAACUAUUUGCAUAUGCCACACCCUCUGACAUCACCUAUCCUGGCUGUUUUGGACCCAAUCCUAGCCACUCAGGGCCAAAAUUGGGCCCAAAAUGGCAAAAAGGAGCUGAAAAUGGCCGAAAAGGGGCCCAAAAUGGUCAGGAUCAGGCCACUGCUGAGUGGGAGAGUGAUCGACCACCCGUCAGAGGCCCGAUCUGGGCCGUUUUGGCCCCACUCCAGGCUGAAACAGGCCCAAAAUGGCUGACAGUCAGGUGGGCGGGGCCGCCUGACAUGUGACCUCUUUGGGGAACUGCCGGAACUGCGUUCCUUUGCGUUCCCCCUCAAAAUGAGCCCUGAGUGCAGUGAUAGUCAAAACUUUUUUUGAAAUCAGACCCACUUGUACACUUUCUGUCUUCGGAGGCCCACUUGUCAAGUAACUCUGCACUACUUUUUCACCUCCCCCUGCAUAAAAUCCAGGAAUCUUGCAUAAUCUGAAUGCAAACUGCAUUUUAUAUGUUUACGUGCACCCUUUAAAAAAGUUAUGCAUGCACCGUCUUGGUUGAAACAAGAUCCUUCAUGAAAAGAAAAAAAGGGGGGGUGGCAUUUCUACUGAGCAGGAAGCCAAGAUAAGGCAGAAACCUCCAUUUACCAGAAUUGGAAAGCGUGAAGGAUAGGCGGGCCAGUUGUCUUAUGGAAGACGUGUCCAGGACAGACCGUUCCACCCUACUUCAAUCCCCCUUUUUCUCCAAGCAUUCAAGGUGGUGUAUGUCGUUCCCUCUUCAUUUUGUCUCACCACAUUAAUCCUGUGUAGAUGGUUGGAAUGAGAAAGGGAGGGAGGGACCAGAAGCGCUCUUGGCUGUGAAAUUUAAACCAGUAGAUAUGAUGAGGCAAGAUAAUAAAAUUAGAGGCUUCUUCCUCUCAGCUGACGUAUUGUAGUAACGGUUAGGUCUUAAUCCCAAGAAGAAACUCAAGAAGGGCAGGCCCAUUAUCGAAAGAACCUCAGUGACACGGGCUCUGUGUGUCCUUUGAAUGCUACCAUCUUCCGGGGCCAUUUUUCAUUCUGAGACAGGAAACCUGCUCUGUAGCUGAAUGGCAACACGCCCUAAAAGGGGUAGAACUGGGUGAAAGGACUACUUUGCCUACCUUGGCGGCGACCUGCUCUAGCUCAGCUGGAGGUCACUUCUACCUGUAGUCAGAAGGCUGCGAGUCAUUCGCCCCCCAAAAUAUGUGAUCUGAACAGAGGGAAACGAAUCACGUGGAGCUUCUGUAUUAAGUGCCAGAUUAAUGAGGAAUUGCCUUGCUGCUUUUUUAGCCAUGCAUAUCAGUUGCUUGGUUGGUAAGGAAGAGAGCACACCAUCCGUUCCGACUGUGCUGACAAAAUACCAAAAUACCAAUGUCAGAAUGUUUAAUUUUUCAGGUAAUUCACAUGGGCCAGUUGACCAUUUCCCCCUUCUGAAUGGUAUAGAUGUAAAAGAAAAUUUUGGAUUGGUUGGUCUACCUCUGCUAACCUCGUAAUUGUUUAAUUUUUGGAUGUAAUUCUGCUUAAUCCAAACUGGAGCACUUUGCUUUGAAACACAAGUGAAGAAUAAAUGUUUCACUCCUUUGUUCUGGUUUAA